AGUCACUUCUCUGGAAGAAAUUAUACUCAUUUUCUUGCAACCCGAGUCUCUGAACGUUACAUCUCCGUCAUGCGAUUAAUCACCUGAGCCAUGGCGUAAUUCCGAUCGUUAUGUGGUUGAUCCUCCUCAGACACACCUUUGGGUUGUUCCUUACGGGAGAGUCUCAGUCGCACCAUAAUGCCUUUCCUACCACAAACCCAAGUUUCCAUCACUUGUACUCGUUCCCGACACUACCAAUAUUCAUGCUAAGGGGAUUGAGUUAUUAGUAGCUAGGGUUUUGUGUUUUUUCGGAGGUGGAAAAGUGAGGGAAAUGAAGGUAAAUGGGGUGGGUUGGUCGACCAAGGAGAGGGAGUGAAGAGAGAAAAGUAUAUUGUGAGGAAGAGAGUGUAUGACGGGAAAAUAGAAAAAAUGAAUUGGGGGGAGGGUGUCUCAAUGCAAUCUGGGCGAACUCCACUUGCCACUUGCUUGGGUGAAGAGGGAAAAUUGUGCUGGCUGUCAAUUGCCUCUCCUUUGUUUUUGAAAAUUAUCAUCAUCAUUAUCAUUAUUAUUGUCAUUAUUCUUAUUAUCAUCAAUAUUAUGUAUUUUCUAAAAUAAAAAUUUUCAUCUCUAUAUCUAUUUUAGUUUCAUCUUGUGUUUUGAAGUGUUGUGCGCGUGAUCACUCGAUUUCUCCUAUAUAUACAAAUAUUACAUUCGAUAUGGUUAUUGAAUUUCAUGGCAUACAAUAAACAUAACAAGUUCUAUAUUUGCUUUCAUUGGCCAUCUAUGAAAUCAUUAGAAGUUUUCCAAAUAUGAAGCUUGACCUUGAAUGCUUAUGAGUUGUACCAAUUCCUGUUUGAAUUUUCAUAUCUCCAAUAUUACUAACUUCAAUUUUUUGAUCUACACAGUUUGAAUUUUCAGAGCUAGGAACGCCUUGAUGACCUGAUAUAGAAACUAAUGAUGGUGUGGAAGAGAAAGGUCUAUAAAUUCUUAUGCUUUUCCAUUAUGAUGUGAAGAAACACAGGGGACUUUAAUUGAAGCAAGAAUGGAGGUAGUUAUUUCUAUUGCAUCAACAAUUGUUAACUACACAGUUUCUCCAGUUGGAAAAUGGGUUAGUUAUUCGUUUUUCUAUAAAAAAAACAUUGAAAGCAUGAAGAAGUGCAUGGAGAAGUUGCAUAAUGCUGGAGAUAGGGUGCAACAUUCCAUUGAUGCUGCUAUAAGAAACGGUGAAGAAAUUGAAGGCGAUGUUAUCAAGUGGCUAACAGAUGUGGAAGUGAUUAUUGACGAGGCAAGGAAAGUUCUUGAAGGAAAAGAACAAGCAAAGUCAAGGCCUUCGAAUGGGGCAUGCCUGAACUUGAAGCUAAGGCAUCAACUAAGCCAGAAAGCAAAAAACAUAGUGAAAGUUAUUGACGAACUCUUGGAGAAUGGCAGAUUUGAUAGAGUUUCCUAUCGCCUUGCUUCACAGAAGAUAGAGACUUCAAUAUAUAUGAAUUUUAUUACCUUUGAGUCAAGAAUUUCAACUGUGAAGGAACUUCUGGAGUCACUGGGAGAUCCUAACAUCAACCUGAUUGGGUUGUGGGGGAUGCCUGGGAUUGGAAAGACUACACUAGCAAGAGAAGUAGCCAAGCAAGCCAAGAAAGAAAAGUUAUUCGAUGAGGUGGCUAUGGCAGUUGUGACGCAUAGCCCAGACAUGAGACGAAUUCAAGGAGAAAUCGCUGAUAUGCUAGAUUUGAAGUUUGAUAUGGAGACUGUACCUGGAAGAGCAAUUCGUUUACAGGAGAGGUUAAGAAGAGAAAAAAAGAUCUUGAUUAUCCUAGAUGAUAUAUGGGAGAAACUUGAUUUGGAGGCGAUUGGAAUUCCUUGCGAGGGAUGCAAGAUACUAAUGAUAUCUAGGAAUCAAAAUGUAUUAAUGAGUGAAAUGGACACUCAAAAGGAUAUUGGACUUAAAGUUUUGCCUGAAGAAGAAGCAUGGAGUUUAUUUGAGAAGAUGGUGGGUGAUUCUAUUAAGGAUGAUAGUUUCCGAGCCACAGCGACCGAGGUUGCUAAAGAGUGUGCAGGACUGCCUAUUGCACUUGUAACAGUUUCUAAGGCAUUAAAGAAAAAGACUUUAUAUGAAUGGAAGGAUGCCCUUCGUCAACUUAGAAGUCCCAGUCCAAAUUUCCUAACAAGAAUGCAAUCAACUAUAUAUUCUUCUAUAGAGCUGAGUUAUAGUCGUCUUGAAAGUCAGGACAUGAAAUCCUUCUUUUUGCUUUGUGCUCAUAUGGGUUACUUCAUUGGAUAUCUGGACUUGUUGAAAUAUUGUUACGGCCUCAGUUUAUUUCAGGGUAUCAGUACAUUGGAAGAAGCAAGAAAUAGAAUAUAUAGACUAGUUCGUAAUCUGAAAGACUCUUGUUUGUUGCUAGAUUGUCCCUACAGCUCUGAACAUUUUGUCAUGCAUGACGUUGUUCGUGAUGUUGCUAUGUUAAUUGCAUCAAAGGAUCAUAGCAUAUUUAUGGUGAGAGAUGAUGGUGAGUUAAACAAAUGGCCAGACAUGGAUGCUUUAAAAAGAUGCAAAACGCUAUCCAUUUUUGGUGGAGAAAUCCAAGACCUUCCUAAUGAAAUGGAAUGUCCACAAUUGAGAUUAUUCAAUGUAAACGGUGGAAAAUGUUCUUGGCAAAUCCUAGAGACUUUCUUUGAACGGGUGGGAGAGCUCAAAGUUUUAUGUUUCACUAAAAUGCAACUUCCAUCACUUCCUUCAUCUCUUCAUCUCCUUAGAAGCCUGCAAACAUUGUGUCUGGAGCAUUGUGAGUUGGGAGACAUAUCUGUAAUUGGAGAGCUCAAGAAUUUAGUAAUUCUUAGUCUUUCUGGAUCCAAUGUUUCAAAAGUUCCAAGAGAAGUUGGAUUGUUGACUGAUAUACGGUUGUUGGAUUUGAGCAGUUGUUCCAAACUUGAACUAAUUCCACCUAAUGUCCUAUCAAGCUUGUUGAAAUUAGAAGAGCUGUAUGUGGGAAAUAGUUUCAUUCAAUGGGAUCCUGAAGGACUUGACAAUAAUGCUAACCUUGCUGAACUCAAGAACUUGUCACAUCUGACCACUCUAGAGAUACAUAUUCGAGAUGCCAGCAAUCUGCCAAAAGAUAUUUGGCUUACAAAGUUAGAAAGAUACAUGAUACUUGUUGGCAAUGUACGCUGGGAUUGGUUUGAAAAGCAUGAAACUUGGUUUGAUAAUUGUGAAAGCAGGUUUGGUAUGCGUGAAACCUCACGAACAUUAAAACUCAAGCUCCAAACAAACUUAAAAUCAGAUGAUGGGAUUAGAAUGCUGUUGAAGAGGACAGAGAAUCUCUAUUUAGACGAGUUAAAGGGCGUUAAGAGUGUUGUGCAUGAAUUAGAUAUGGAAGGUUUUCAACAACUGAAGCAUCUCCAUAUCCAAAAUAAUUCUGAGAUUAAAUAUAUUGUUAACUCCCGGAUUCCAAUUAUUGCCUUUCCUGUCUUGGACACAUUUCUUUUGAAAAAUAUGUCUGGUUUAGAAGAAAUAUGUCGUGGCCAUCUUCCCUCAACAUCCUUCGGUAAUUUGAGAGUCGUGAAAUUGGAAAGUUGUGAUGAACUAAAAUUUGUCUUCUCUUCAUCAAUAGCCAGGGGCCUUUCACUGCUCAAUGAAUUGCAUAUCAGAGAAUGCCGCAUUAUGGGAGCAAUAGUUCUGAAAGAAGAAGGUGAAAUAGAAGACAAAAAUAUGAUAGUGUUCCCUCAACUGCGAUGCUUGGCACUGCACCAUCUUCCAAAGCUCGCAAGCUUCUUCACCAUAAAAAGUCCAUUCAUAAUUGAUGCAGGAGAAAUCAUUCCAGAGAACAAGCUUGAUUUUUACUUGCCAAUUCUUGACAAACAGGUUGUGUUCCCCAAUCUGGAAAGGUUGGAGCUAUCCUCAACAGACUUGGAAGACAUUUUCCACAACCAACUUCAAGCAAGUUCCUCUUGUAGAGUGACAUACAUGCGCACAAUCUCCAGGUUUCAAAAUUUGUUGUCCUUGCAUGUACAAGGCUCUAGUCAUAUAAAAUACAUACUGUCAUACUCUAUAGCUAGAUUUAUGGUGCAACUCAAAGAUCUUCACGUACUAGAAUGUAAGGUUUUGGAAGAAAUACUGCUCACAGAAGAUUUAGGAGGAGAGGAAAGAAGUCCUAUGGUUUUCUUCCCUAAACUAAAACUUCUCUGCCUAAAAGAUCUUCCAAUCCUCAAAAGAUUCUGUAUAGGAAGAAAGAUAAAAUUUCCAUCCUUGGAGAAGCUCCAGAUAGAAUAUUGCCCUAAUUUAAGGACAUUCAUAUUCAAUACUUCCAGUUCAGGCAUGAUAGCCAACAAUGCAAUGGAGAUGCAGCCUUUAUUCAAUGAAGAGGUAGUCUUCCCAAGUUUGGAAAGAUUGGAAAUCUCCCACAUGGAUUACUUGAAAAUCAUCUGGCAAAACCAGUUUGCAGCAGAUUCAUUUUGCAAGCUACGAUUUUUAAAGGUUGAAUUUUGUGAACAACUUGUGAAUGUUUUUCAAUCCAAUAUGCUGACAAGAUUCGGGAGUCUAGAGACACUUAUCAUGGCUAAUUGUGGUGCACUACAAGAAGUAUUUGACUUGCAAAGUCUAAAUUUUAAUGAAACACAUGUUGUAAUAGACACUCAGUUGAAGGAAUUGCUUUUGAGUCGUCUACCCAGAAUGAAGCAUGUAUGGAAUAAAGACCCUGAACCACUUUUUCGAUUCCGAAACUUAAAACAAAUACAUGCAAAAGGGUGUGAGAGUUUGAAAAGUUUCUUUCCAACCACGGUGGCUAGAUUUCUUAAGCAAUUAGAGAAGCUUCAGAUAGUUGAUUGUGGAGUGGAGGAAAUUGUUGCGUGGGAUGGGAGAGAGGCAAUUGCUAGAUUCAGGUUUCCUCAAGUAACUCUCUUAAAUCUGAAAGUGCUACCCAGACUCAAGUGGUUUUACCCAAGAGUGCAUACAUCGGAAUGGCCAAUGCUGAAAGAUAUGCGGGUACAUAGAUGCCCAGAAGUUGAGAUAUUUGCUUCUGAACUUUCAAUGUUUCAAGAAGCUUCUCAAGAGAGCCAACGUGGUAUGAUAUCAAUUAAACAACCCCUUUUCUUGGUUGAUGAGGUUGCAUUCCCAAGCUUGGAAGCACUGGCAAUUUCCCACAUGGAUAACCUAAAAAUUAUAUGGCAUAACAAGCUCGUUGCAGAUUCCUUUUACAAUCUUCAAAAGUUGCAUGUUGAAUUUUGUAAAAAUAUUUUGCACGUAUUUCACUCUAAUAUGCUCAAAAUAUUCCAAAGCCUAAAGAUUCUAAGGAUAACUGAUUGUGGUUUGCUACAAGACGUAUUUGACUUGCAAGGCCAAGAUUCUAAGGAAAUGCAAGCUGUAACAGUUUCUUGUUUGAAAGAAAUGUAUUUGGUUCGCCUACCAAACUUGAGAAGUGUAUGGAAGAAGCAUAGCGGAAACCUCUGCAGCUUUCAAGAUCUAAAAGUGAUACAUGCCAAGGGAUGUGAGAGUUUGGAAAGUUUCAUUCCGGAAUCAAUUGUUAGGAGUCUCUUACAAUUGGAGGAUCUUCGGAUUAUCAAAUGUGGGGUGAAGGAAAUUAUUGCUGGAGAAGGAGCAAGAGUGGCAGUACCAAGGUUUGUGUUCCCUAAAGUAACUCGCUUAAAUCUUCAAGGUUUAGUAGAACUCAAGUGGUUUUACCAUGGGUUACAUACUUCAGAAUGGCCAUUGUUAAAAUAUAUGAGGGUGGAUAGAUGUCAAAAAGUACACAUCUUUGCUUCAGAGUAUACGAGCUUCCAAGAAGCACUUCAAGAAAGACAACAUGGGAGCUAUAUUCAGCAACCACUUUUCUUGGUUGAAGAGGUUGCUUUCCCAAGUUUGGAAACAUUGGUAAUUUCCUACAUGGAUAAGUUGAUGAUCAUAUGGCACAACCGACUAGUUGCAGAUUCCUUUCGCAAUCUUCAAACAUUGCGUAUUCGAUUUUGUGAAGAUCUUUUGCACGUCUUUCAAUUUAAUAUGCUAAGGAGAUUCCAGAGUCUAGAAGCGGUGCAUAUAAAUGAUUGUGGUUCACUACAGGAAGUAUUUGAACUCCAGGGGAAAAAUGAUAAAGAGAGGCAUGUUGAAACAGUCACCCAAUUGAAAGAAUUGUAUUUGAUUCGUCUGCCAAAACUGAAGCACAUAUGGAAUGAAGAUCCCGAAGGAAUUUUAAGCUUUGAAAAUCUGCAGACGGUAUUUGCGGUAGGAUGUGGGAACCUGAAAAGUCUAUUUCCAGCCUCUGUGGCUAGAACUCUCGUGCAAUUGAAGAAACUCAGGAUAGAUAGCUGUGGAGUUGAGGCAAUUGUUGAGAGGGGUAGUGAAGCAGUAUCGAGACUUGUGUUUCCUAAAGUAACUUACUUGAAACUCAGAGCAUUGCCAAACCUCAAGUGGUUUUCCUCGGGACUGCAUACUUCAGAAUGGCCAUUGUUGACAGAAUUGGAUGUGUCCGAGUGCUAUCAAGUUGAGAUAUUUUCAUCAAAAUUUUGGAGCUUUCAACAAACAGUUCAACAGAGCCAACAUAAGACCUCCAAUAGCCAACAACCCCUUUUCGUAGUUGAAGAGGAUACAUUCCCCAACUUGGAGAUUUUGAGAUUGGAGCACAAUCACACCAUAUGGUAUGGCCAGUUUUUGGAGGAAUUUUUUGGAAAUUUAAAAGUUCUUGAGGUGCUUUGUGGUCCUAAAGAAUUAGCUCCUCCACCAGAGACACAAUUUGGAGAGACAUGUACGUUGCAAUUGCAAGUAUUAGGGCUUAAUCAAGAGGCAGAAUCAAGUCACGCUUCUGAGACCCGAGCUAGAGGGCACCUAGCAUUAGAAAUCUCCGAUACCUCAUUUGAUCGUCUUCAUGUUUGUGAGGAAGACCAACCUUAGGAAGAUGAUGAGGCCACCAUAGAACACAAGUUGAACGAGUUAAGGACGAAUAUGUAUUAUGACCUCAAUGUGGAUGCGAUCUUUUAUUUGUCGCAGGACUCCAUCACAGAAGAAGAGAAGAAAGUACCUUUACCUUAUUCGUCUGAAGACUCAACUGCAGCUAGCGGACGUAUUCCUUCAAAUCAUGUGCCAGGAUUAGGAGAUGCGGCAGAUGAUCAACUAGAGGCAAUCGACUAGACAACAACAACACGACGUGGAGCUCAUCACUUUUAUGCUUCGUUUCCUCGAUAGUAUUAUGACAUCUUUAAUCGAGUUGCGCAAGCUAAUUGAUGGAUUAGCCUACGAGUUACUAUAGUUUUGCAUGUACUUAGGGAGCUGUCCCCAGUACUAAUUAUGUUAUAAACUUGUUGGACAAGUAUUGUAACCUUUUGGAUAUUAGUUAUAUUGUGAAUGUCAUAAAGCAUAUUUAUGUUUUUGUGAUACA